AUGGAACCCAUGAUGGCUCAACAGCAGAUGGCCCCGGCCUUUUACUACUACAGCCCAGACCCUCACUCAGAGAACAGAAGUCAUGUGCCGGUGCUCCCCUCCUCACCGCUGCCUUCGACCCCUGUGUUCUCGCGGCCCAGCUCCUCGUGCUCGCAGCCGUCCAUGAACCAGACAAGCAAGCCCAGCUUCACCAGCGCGCCCCAGCAGGUGCUUACCCCCCAGGCCUCACCAGUGCGCAUGCACCAGCAACUCCACAGGCCAACCAUCGUGCUGGACACAGACAAGUUCGAGGGUGUCGAUGGCAUGUGCUACCCUCAGACACCUGCGCUGUCCACAGCCGGCAGCGUCAUGAGCAGCCCUGGUAGCUGCGACAUGCUGGCCACGCCGCUGAACCCCAUGUUCUCUGGCCUGGAUGGCAGCGCCAUGGGACUUAAGGAGGAGGAAGUUGCUCAACCCGUUGAGCAGUUUCCCAACCUGGAGUGGCACAGCUGUGCCUCGCCACCCAUGACACCAGUGUACCUCCCGCCCCAGCAGCUUUCUAGCUGCUCAUCUCCCGCCCCUGGUGACUUUACCUCAGCGGCAACAUCCACAACCACGUCGUGCCCGUCGCUGUCUCCCUCUCCCCCUCCUCCAACCUACGCCAACUCUGUGACCUCGGAGCACCCCUCGCUAGACUUUGACUUUUGUGACCCGCGCAACCUGACGGUCGGCACAGUCAACCCGACACUGGCUCCUGACGUCAGCUCUUCGUUCUCGGAUGUCACACCACCUGUGCCCCACGGCCUGCCCAUCUACGACGACUUCUCUGACCUCGCCUCCGAGGACAGCUUCGUCCAGGGCCUUGUCCACCUGGGCGACCAGGCCUCCCGCUCGCGCUCCAGCUCCGGCGCCACCUCCCACAGCUUCUCCUCCUACGGCGACUACGAGACCCAGUCCUUCGGCAUGCCCAGCCCUUCUGAUUCGGGUGCCAGCUGCGACGGCCACCGCAACAAGCGCGCCAAGAAAGACCAUAGCAACAUCAACGUGGACACCGCCGCCGCUGCAGAGGCUGACCAGAGCAAUGCCCCCGAUGCCCAGCAGUCACAGCAGGACGGUUCCGACAGCCAGAACGGCAGCCAGGGCGGCAGCGCUGCGGCUGAGUCCUCCACGCCCAACGGCAACGCCUCAUCCGGCUCUGACAGCGGCACCCCCUCUUCGGUUCCCAACCGUCGCGGCCGCAAGCAGUCCCUGACCGAGGACCCUAGCAAGACCUUUGUCUGUGAGCUCUGCAACCGCCGGUUCCGCCGUCAGGAACACCUGAAGCGCCACUACCGCUCGCUGCACACCGAGGACAAGCCCUUCGAGUGCAACGAGUGCGGCAAGAAGUUCUCUCGCUCCGACAACCUGACGCAGCACCAGCGCACCCACGGCUCGGGCGCCAUCGUCAUGAACCUCAUCGACGAGCAUGACAUGGCCGGCCACUAUCACCACCCCGCCAUGUACCCGGCGCCCCCCAUGGCUGGUGGCCCUAGCCCUGAGGAGUACGCCAGCUACGGCAAGGUGCUGUUCCAAGUGGCAUCCGAGAUCCCCGUCAACACUGCAGGCGAGCUGUCAGACUCUGGCGACUCGGCCGGCAAGAGGAAGAGGAAGCGCGCUGAGUAAGGACAAGGGAAGAGCUCCUCGUCGCAGCACCUAUCUUUUGCUUCUUUUAAUUAGAAGAAAAGGUGCAUGAAGGUUUUCUUUGGCUCACACCGCUACCUUUUUCCUUUUUUUUUUCUUUCUUUUCCCUUCCUUCUCUUUCUGCGGAGCGAGCCCCCAAAUUCUAGGGAAUCUUACGGUGAGAGUGCCUUUGCAGCUCCACCGACGACCAACGGCGUCAUUUGAAGAAGGGAGGGAGUCACGACAACAAUCACAUCAAAAGUUCUACUGCAGCAUUUACAACAUCUUUGCCCUCUCCUUGUUGUUCAAUGUACCAACACAGUUUGCUAGCCAAGCUUUUCUUUUUUUCACCUCGCUCUCCUCAAACGGGACACAACACAGGGAGGGGGCGCGCGCAAUGCUUGAAUGACAAAUCGGUUUGGCACACUUUGGGAAGGACAAAAAAACCCUGAUCGGAUCCUUCUGGCGAGGAUCUCAGUGGCGUGUAUGGAGUAUGUAUCCACAGGGCUUGUUGUACAAUUACAAGCUGGGUGGGUUCGAUUGGUGGACGGUUGGGAGGCUGUUUUUGUUUUUCUGGGAUUGAGAGCGAGCCUUGUUUCUGCCAGGUGGUGCGAAGACACAGAGCAGUGAAACUUUCUACAGGAAUGCCUUCUAGCGGGGAUGUGUGGAUGGACGGGUUUAUGUGUUUUGGAGGCAGGGAAACAACAAACUGGGGCCGUGUGGACUGAUUCUCUCGAAGCAAUAUGGUCAGAGAGUAGGACAGGGACAGCUCUGAGGAGCCAUUGUUUUGAGGAUUCAAACAUUGUAACAAGUUUCUAUUCUCUAGCGAAACUACCAUCAUUCGUUUCUAU